ACUCCUCCCCAAGGUUCUCCGCCGCGCCGGCCCAUCAACACCGUGAACGUCCAGGAACCCCCACCAGCAUCCAAGGGGCCCUCCCGUCGACUUCCAUUCCGUCCACCAUCCAUCCAUCCAAAGGGGUGCAUGACGAGACACCUCUUUUUAGCGACAGGGAGAGGCCGCCGUUCGUGCACCCAUCCAUCCGCCGCCGCCUUGCCCUGCCCUGCAUCAAAUCCCUCCUUCGGCUCACCGCACACGCAGUACGUAGUUAGCACAGACCCCGCGUUGCAUCCCAGGGCGGGCAUCAAGGGUUAACGUUCGAGGACCUGCUUUGCUUCGUGCAACGCUUGCCGCGCCCACGCCCAAGGUACCCUACCUUUUCCAAGCCCACGCCCAACAGUCAGUCGACGGCAUCUCGGGUCUCCAUCCGGCAGCUUUUCAAGACUAGACGCUGCCCAACGGCCACGAUCAGUUUGGUUUGCCAGACACUUCACGUCGCCCUACUUCAUACAAGUUGUUGCACUAGCCCCGGUUCGUUCAGCGGUCGGCACAGGGGGUCUACUAAGGCAGACAGACGGACCACCCCAUCGCAAGCGCCACAGCGGAUAGCCCAACUCCAUCGGCCAGGUUGGAGUUGUCUCGGGUCCCGGGGGCACUUCGCUGCGCCGCGCCGCGCCGUCACAAUCACUGAGGCGCCUUUUAUUAUCUACCCCACCACUUCCAACGACAGGAGUCGUUCAACGGUCGUUCGAGGAGAGCUUCACAGCACCUCUCCCCACGGGCCCCUUCUCUAUCCUGUCCUAUACUAUCCUAUUCUAUUACAAUCUAUCGCCGUCAUUGGCUGUGCCAACUUACCUCGUCCCUGGGCUCCGAAUCCCCCAUCCCGCCGGCUGCGCUGCCGUCGCUUCGCGCAAAGGAAUGACCCCAGGGCUCUGGACGUCCAAAACCCCGCCCUGAACGCUCCGCCGCGACAUCGAAUUUUGCUCGCCCCCAACGCUUCGACCGGGACGGCAAACGCCCUCUCGACGCCGUAACACUUCACAGCCAUGGCUGAUCCGUUCGCUCCGCGCUCUAUGAAGCGCAAGAACGUCAAGGGCCUCGCCCUGACGCCCGCCGCUCCGCGACCGCCGCCAACGGCCGAAACCAGCCGCGCCGAAGUGGACGGCGCUCGCGACGACAACAAGGACGGCCAGCUCGAGAUUGGCAUCGAGUACAAGUUGGAUCUCCGGCCCGAGGACCUCGAAAUCCUCAAAGAGCUCGGCUCCGGAAAUGGCGGCACUGUCAGCAAGGUCAAGCACCUAAGCACCGGCACCGUCAUGGCGCGCAAGGUCAUACACGUUGAGGCCAAGAAGGAGAUGCGGAAGCGAAUCGUUCGAGAGCUGCAGAUCAUGCACGGCUGCCACUCUGACUUCAUUGUCAACUUUUACGGCGCCUUCCUGAACAGCAACAACGAUGUCAUCAUGUGCAUGGAGUACAUGGACGUCGGAUCCCUCGACAGGGUCUCCAGGGUCUUUGGCCCGGUCCGCGUCGACGUCCUGGGCAAGAUUGCCGAAGCGACGCUCGGUGGCCUUACCUACCUCUACUCGAAACACCACAUCAUGCAUCGAGACAUCAAGCCGUCCAAUAUCCUGGUUAACUCCCGGGGCUCGAUCAAGUUGUGCGAUUUUGGAGUAUCGGGAGAACUCAUCAACUCAAUCGCCGACACCUUUGUCGGAACGUCAACUUACAUGGCUCCUGAGCGCAUUCAAGGCGAGAAGUAUACCGUCAAGUCUGACGUGUGGAGCUUCGGCCUCACCAUUAUGGAGCUCGCCAUCGGCAAAUUCCCGUUUGCUGCGAGUGAGCAGUUCUCCGACGAGGAGUGCGCGCCGGCCGGCAUUCUCGACCUGCUGCAGCAGAUUGUUCACGAACCCGCGCCAAAGCUACCCAAGAGCGAUGCCUUCCCAAGCAUCUUGGAGGACAUGAUACAGAAGUGCCUCUAUAAGCAGCCAGAGGAGAGACCGACGCCCCAGGAGCUCUUGGACCGCGAACCGUUUGUGCAGGCAGCCAAGCGGACCCCUGUUGACCUCAGACAAUGGGCUAUUGGUCUCAUGGAGCGAGACAAUCGCAAGUCACACUUGGCGCCUCAACUGUCGCCAGCAACCCAUGACCUGUUGCGAUCGAGCGAUUCUCCGACCUACCAGACCCAUGGCGACGAACGCACAAUCCACACGCCCACAUCGGGCGAGAUACCCAUUGGAGGCGCCGGCAUCAUCUCUCCCCGCGACCAGCAUCAGCGAAGCCGCUCACCCAACGGCUACAGCUCUGGCAGAACACCAGCCACGGCACAUCCCGGCAUGGGACCCAGGGUCGCUACGACCAACUCGAUACCCCAGACGUCCUCGUACACUGAGAACCCGGCACCUGCAAGCGCGAAUGCCGCAACGGCAACGUUCAGCCUGCCCGUGCGACCUGGUCCGCCCGGAGGUCCGCUGCCGCCUCCACCGCCUCCGCGGAAGCAGACGCCGGAGGAUUUCCGGAGAGAGAACAGGAGACAGGCAACGUUUGGUCUUCCACCGAACCCGAGCUACGGCCUUUAGGAAAUGCCGUGGCCCGUCGGACUUGACCAGGACCAGCUCCAGCUCCAGCGCCUCUGGACCACGGGCGAUGCCACGUGUGGAGAUUUUGCUUAGCAUUGGUCGGCGCAUUUUUCUUUCGGGGUUUGUUUCGACCACGUCGAAUCCUGUCAUCAGAAUCAGCCAAAGUCGCUUCUAAAAGACUUACAAGCUAUGGGGCGAGGAGAUGCUAGAAGUCGGCGGACAACCGCGACGGGACAAUGGCCAAUUGGGCAUUUGGCCUUGGAUUUGGUCGUUUGCGGAUAGGUCGUUUUAAUCGUAAGCAACGCAGGCGUCUGGUUCAAAAUGAGGGGAAAAGUCAUGAACAACGGAUCUCGCGGCGCCAGUCUGAAUAUGUGCGUGACAAAAUGUUUUGCGUGCUUCAACGCGGCCAUUGACCCGAAGGAUUGAUUCUGGCAGUGUGUCUACUAGACAUAAUAGUCUUGGCGCUUCGUAUAAUGCAGAG